UUGAGAGCGACUUGGCUCAAGCAGCGCCCUCGGCGAAGCCUCACGCGACCCCACGCCCCGGCGUGCACCGUGAUCCUCUCGCAGGGCGCCCAGCCCGCUCGCCGCGCACCGGCGACGGCCCCACAGGUGCUGAAGAAUGAGCUCCCGCAGGUCGACGGCCUGAAGGAGGAGGGCGGCAGCUUGGCGGAGGCUGCGGUGCCACGCCUCUGCGGCUCGCCAGAGCGCAGGCUGCACACCCUGGCUGGCAUGUGCGGCGGCGGGCUGGGGGAGGGGACGCCGCCUGAGAUGCCGUCCCGCUCCGCCGCCUCGGCCGAGGUCAGGAUCGAGGCCAGCGCCCACGUGGCGCAGACGGACAGGACCUUCCAGCAGCCUCUCCAGAUCUUCGUCAAGACCCUGGCUGGAGAGACGAUCACGUUGCACAAAGUGAUGCCGACAGAGCGCAUUGAAAGUGUGAAGGCGCUCAUUCGGCACAAGGAAGGCAUUCCUUGCGAGAUGCAGCGUCUCGUCUACAGUGGAAGGCAGCUUGAAGAUGGACGUGCACUUGGCGACUACAACAUCACGACAGAGUCCACGCUGUUCGUAACUUCCGUUCUGGUUGGAGGUGUGCAGACCGGGGGCGCCAGCGCGUCUUCCGAGAGCGGGGAGACGGGCGCACGGGCGGCUUCCCCGCGCACGUCCGCCGUCAGCUCGUUCGCGGGAUUGUGCUCCUGCCUCCGAGGCCGCCAGCUGGGAACGGUUGGCGUCGCCGAGGCGCAGGCUCCCGCCGAGGACGCCAACGAGGAGCCCAUCGACCCCAGCCAGUUCACGGACGCCGCGAGCCUGUUCGACGCGCUGGCGUGCACCGUGCAGGGCCUGCACCCCGUGCGCCUGGUCCGCAUGUCGUGGCUGCUGCAGCAGCGCGGCACGGUGCUGAAGCGGCGCCAGGAGCUGCCCGAGGAGGCGUUCGUACCUGCAGGGGAGCUCCGGCAAGUCUGGGAAGCUGGCGGGCGAGGAGGCCGAGACAAGGUGGCACCCAUCAUCACCAUCUCCUUCUGCUGGGAUACACGAGACCACCCCGACCCCACGGGGAAACAGCUGGAGUUGGUGAUCGAUACUCUGGAGAAGGAGCGCCACAAGUACGCCGCACUCAGGUUGGGCUUCCCGGGGUUCACCGAGAUGGGGAUCUUCUGGGACUGGCCCUCGCUGCUGCAGGGUGACCCUGACAAGGCCGAGGCAGCGAAGAAAGCGGCACUGCAGGAGGGUAAAAGCGACAAAGAGGCCGAGGACGCCGCGGACAAGGCCAAGCGCACGCCCGCCGAAAAAGCUGCGUUCAAGCAUGCGCUCCACAAGACCAUGGAUCUGUGGUAUGCCCAUCAGGGCACCACAGUCUUCCUCCUGACGCAGCACCCCCAGGACCGAGGCAGCACGCGCGAGUGCGGGUACGACCAGUCGGGCUGGACGACGUACGAGCGGUGCUCCACCGAGCAGAUCAAGAAUGUGCAUCGGCAUGUGGCGAAAUGGAGCGCCGUGGCCGACCUGGGGCAGGGAGCGGGAGCCAGGGCGGCGGGCAGGAAGUGGCCGGUGGGCCCCGACGAGUUCGACCGGCUCAUCGAGGGCAAGACCUUCACGAAUGGCUCGGACCGCGAGACGGUGAAGCAGAUCUUCCGCCGGAUGAGCCGCGUGCAAUUGGGCAGCGUGACGGAGCUGGCCUUCGACGGGAUGAAAGGACCCCUGAGCCCCGACGAGGCGGCGGGCCUCGGCGGCUGCCUGCGCCUGUGCGCCCGCCUGGAGAGGCUGAACAUGAGCGAUUGCGAGAUCGGCCCCGCGGGCGGCGAGGCACUUGCGGCUGCGUUGCCCUCGCUGACCGCCCUGCAACACCUGGUCCUGGACAACAAUGCCCUGGGCGAGGUGGGCGGCCAGGCCAUUGCGGCCGUGCUGCCCUCGCUGCCCGCCUUGAGGGUGCUGAUUUUGCAGGGCAACGACAUCGGCGAGGGGGUGAAGGCCAUUGGCGCAGUGCUGCCCUCGAUGCCCGCCCUGACGGAGCUGUAUCUGGGCGUCAACAACAUCGGCGACGGGGCGAAGGCGGAGCUGCGGGCCGCGUGCGAGGCGCGCCGCGUGCGUCUGAAUAUCUGA